AUGGGUCCUCUACCAGGCGUACAAACUGUCUCCAAGCAUAAGGACAAAGUGCGCAUGCUCGUCCUUGAGACCGAUGAGACCCAUCCAGACACCCAGAAAGAGGUGGGCGGCUUCGGCGAAGUUUUCAACAAUCUCUUCACCAAGGCGGGAGACGAUCAUGAUCCGCAGCUGGGCAUCGAGACCAUGAUGCAGUACAUUGUCGAGCCUGAUGGUGGCGAGGUUCCCGGGCCAAACGAUAUUCCAGAGGACCUGCAUGCAAUUCUCAUUACCGGCAGCGAGUGGGAUGCGCAUGGCGACGAUGAGUGGAUUCACAAGCUGAUGGAUUUCAUCAAGUACAUCUGGACGCACCGCCCCGACAUCAAAUUCACCGGCAUAUGUUUCGGGCACCAGAUUCUCUGCCGCGCGCUAGGCUCGACCGUCGAGCCCGAAGCGAACGGCGAAUGGGAGCUGUCGCACACGGAGCUCGAGCUCUCCGAAGUGGGUAGGAAGCUGUUCAGAACGCAGAACGCCAAGAUCCGUCUGCACCAGAUGCACCUCGAUCACGUUGUCAACGCGCCGAGUCCUGAGACGACGGAUCUGCUGGAGAAGGGGACGAAGGUGCAUGUCUGGGGUGGGAGCGAUCAUACACAGGUGCAGGGCGUGUACAUCCAGAAGAGGCUGUUUACCAGCCAAGGGCACAUGGAGUUUAACGAGCGCUAUGUCAAGCGGCAGCUGGAGAUGCGCGUCGAUGCCGGCAGUGUGGAGAAGAACGACGCCGACGAGGCGGCGGAGAGGGCGGACUGGAUGCACGACGGGCUCGUUAUGGCGAAGGCUGUGCUCCGCUUCUUCCACGGCGACGAUGACAAGUCAGAGUUCAAGUAG